UCUCUACCUUUGUACUUUAGUUUCUACAAUGUGCAAGCUGGUCCCUAUUCAUCAUAUUCAAAUUUUUCUAUAGGACUAAGCUUCCAAAGCUGGUUCAUUGAACAAUACUCUCAAAGGAAAAACAAAGCUACUCAUUGAUUCUGAUUCUGAUUCUUCUGGGUAGGUAAAAUUCAAUUAAAUCCUUUCAUUUUUAUAUAGUACUAGUUGUUGAGUUCAUACAAGAAAUAAAAAGUUGCGAUCUUUGGAAACAAUGAAGAAAGUGAAGCUAAACCCAUUACUGUUACUCUUUCCAAAUAGGCCUAAACUUCUUCACAUUUUCAUGGCUCUUAUGUUUCUCUAUUUGCUCUUCACAACUUUUGAAAUCAAAACUUUUGGGUCUGUUUCAGUUUCCUCAUUGAUAAAGAAUGAUCCCCAAAACACCCAUCAUAGAAAAGCCUUAAACUUUCCCUCACAAGAAUCAUUUGGGGUGUUGCAAGAUUUGCAUAAAGUUUCCACCUUUAGUUUCAAUAAAGGUUUGAAUGAUUCUAGUUUGACCCAUGACAAAUUUUCUGAGAUUCAAAGGGCUGCUAGAGAUGCUUGGGUUGAAGGGAAGAGAUUCUGGGAAGAAAUUCAGAUUUUGGAACUUGAAACUGAUAAUGUGGCUGAGAAUGUUUCUGAUUCGUGUCAGAAUUCGAUAUCAAUAUCUGGGUCUGAAUUAAUGAACCAGAAAGGGAUCAUGGUGCUUCCUUGUGGGUUAACGUUGUGGUCUCAUGUUACUGUUGUUGGGACACCACGUUUGGCUCAUUGGGAGAAUGAUCCUAAGAUAACUGUGGUUAAGGAUGAAGAGGAAAAAGUGAUGGUGUCACAGUUUAUGAUGGAGCUUCAAGGGUUGAAGAUUGUUGAUAAGGAGGAACCACCUAAGAUACUUCAUUUUAAUCCUAGGUUGAAAGGUGAUUAUAGUGGGAAGCCUGUGAUUGAGCAGAAUACUUGUUAUAGGAUGCAAUGGGGUUCUGCUCUCAGGUGUGAGGGGUGGAAGUCCAGGCCUGAUGAAGAUUCUGUUGAUGGACAGGUGAAAUGUGAAAAGUGGAUUCGCGACGAUGAUAGCCAUUCGGAAGAGUCUAAGUCAACGUGGUGGUUAACUAGAAUGAUCGGGCGAAAACAUAAGAUCUCUAUAGAUUGGCCAUACCCUUUUAUUGAGGGAAGAUUAUUUGUACUCACCUUAACCGCUGGCUUGGAAGGUUACCAUGUUAGUGUGGAUGGGAAGCAUGUGACCUCUUUUCCCUAUCGCACGGGAUUUUCUCUUGAGGACGCCACCGGUCUAUCAAUAAAAGGCGAUGUUGAUGUGCACUCUAUAUUUGCUGCUUCGUUACCAACAUCACAUCCAAGUUUUGCACCACAGAUGCAUCUUGAAUUGCUUCCUCAAUGGAAAGCUCCACCUGUUCACCAUUUGAACGUGGAGCUUUUCAUUGGAAUACUUUCUGCAGGCAACCAUUUUGCCGAACGAAUGGCAGUAAGGAAAUCCUGGAUGCAGCAUAAGUUAAUCAAAUCUUCGCAUGUCGUUGCUCGAUUCUUUGUUGCUUUGCAUGGAAGGAAGGAUAUAAAUGUGGACAUUAAGAAAGAAGCAGAAUAUUUUGGUGAUAUUAUUAUUGUUCCAUACAUGGAUCAUUAUGACCUUGUUGUGUUGAAGACCAUAGCUAUCGCCGAAUAUGGGAUUCGUGUCAUAGCUGCAAAGUAUAUCAUGAAGUGCGAUGAUGACACAUUUGUAAGAGUGGAUUCUAUCAUCAGUGAAGCAAGAAAAGUAGGAGUUGGAAAAAGUUUGUAUAUUGGCAAUAUGAAUUACCACCAUAGACCCCUUCGCCAUGGUAAAUGGGCAGUCACGUAUGAGGAAUGGCAAGAGGAAGAGUAUCCUAUCUAUGCUAAUGGUCCAGGUUAUAUAAUCUCAUCAGACAUCGCACAUUUCAUUGUAUCCAACUUCGAGGAGCACAAAUUAAAAUUAUUUAAAAUGGAGGAUGUGAGCAUGGGAAUGUGGGUAGAGCAAUUCAACAACAAUUCAAGACCAGUUGAGUAUGUACAUAGCUUCAAAUUCUGCCAAUUUGGGUGUAUUGAAGGUUACUACACUGCACAUUACCAAUCUCCAAGACAAAUGACAUGUAUGUGGGAUAAGUUGCAACACAAAGGAAAACAACUAUGUUGUAACAACAGAUGACAUAUUCUAUAAUCAUAUGUUUGCAGAUUUUAAUAUGUAAUGACAAAGUUUUGUGACCUCCACAUAUUCAUUCAUUGUUUAUAACCUUUUAUUUAUUUACUUUUUUCCACUUUUGAUUCUGCCAGAUAGAUAGCUUAUAUUAUUAUGUAUAUUAAGUAAAGUUGGAUAUACUACAGCAAUUGCUGUAGGGAGAAAAAGCAAUGGUUUGUAAAUUUAUAAUGUAGAGAAAUAUGAUAUAGAAGCCGAAUAUAAUGAUUCU